CUGUUGAAUUCUGAACGUAACGGUUCGCUUUAGCUCCGCCGAAAAGCAACGGGCCAACACACAAAACACUUAACAAACAAGUGAAAUAAAAAGCCAAGAAUUAAGAAUCUGGCAAAGUGAUAAGACACAUAGACAACAAACAAAAAUAAAUAGACAAUAACCUCUCUCCUUUAAGCACAAAAUAAAGAGAGUGAAAAAGUGCAAAGUGCAUCAACAACAACAACAAAAAGAAAUUAUUUACAAAAUGGAUAUGCAUACAUUAAUGUUACCAUCACCGCCAGCCACGCCUCCUUUAAGGGAUAAUACUAAAAUUGAAAAUGCUUCGUCGGAUUUACUAAAGGCCAAACUGAAAUUGGUCGCCCAGAAGCAUCAACAACAAAAAAAUGGCGACACCAAUAAUCGGGGUCUCAUCACACCCAAUCCCUCAGACACAGAAGAGGAUGAGCCGCCUAGCAACAAGAAGCCACGCAUGGAACAGACCAUCACACCACCACCAGAGGAACAGCAACAGCAACAAGAGCAACAGCAAGAGCUUUUGAUGCAACAGCAGCAGGAGCGAGACCAACAACAACGCGUCAGUGUCAUCAUGAGGGUUAAUAGCUUGGGAACUGUGACAGCACCACAAGAAACCACAGCACCCCCACCAUUGCCAGUUGCCACAGUGGAGGAUGACUAUCCAGAGGCGAAUGUUUGGCGUAAUCUUAAAUUCAAAAUGAACCGCAAAAGAGCAGCAGAAGUGGCUCUGCCGCCAGCACCAUCACAGUCUCCCCCACUGGCUGAACUAUCGCCGCCUUCACCAGCAACCUCUUGCAGUACAUCUAUAUCUUCCUGCUCGUCUUCGUCGUUCUCCUCCUCCUCCUCCUCCUCAUCCACCUCCUCCGUCGCUGCUGCCGCAUCCUCUUCAUCGCAAUUAAUGCUGCUGAGUACUGUAGCCAGCCAGCAAAUGCCUUCACCAUGCGCCUCCAACUCAUCUUCCUCGAGCGUCUCCUGCUCGUCGCCCACCAGCCGCAUCACAGCUGCCCAAGCAGCAGCCACCCGCAACCGCAUCUACGAGUGCACAUUUCCGGAUUGUGGUAAAAACUACUUCAAAAGCAGCCAUCUAAAGGCCCACCAACGUGUCCACACGGGGGAGCGUCCAUUCAUUUGCAAAUGGGAAAAUUGCGACAAGCGUUUCUCCCGAUCUGAUGAGCUAUCCCGCCACAAACGCACACACACCGGCGAGAAGCGUUUCCAGUGCAGCGUAUGCCAAAAGAAAUUCAUGCGCAGCGAUCAUCUCUCCAAGCAUGUGAAGCGUCACAACAAGGACAAGGCCAAUGGAGUCAAUCGCCAUGUGGCAGUAGCCAAUUCCAUAUCCGCCAUUCAAGCCACCGCCGUUGCACCUGCCAUCGUUGAAACCAGUCAAUUGCGCGCUAUAGCCCCAGCUGGAGUUGCUUCAUCUUCAGUCUCACCUGCCUCCACACCGUUGCACUUCUCCAUUGGUUCCCCACAGGAACUCCUACGAUUCCAGCAACAACAACAACAACAACAACAACAGCUUCAGAGCAACAACAACUACACAUUUGUGGCAAGUCUCCGAUAAGCUGCGCCACAACCAGUUCCAAACCAAACCCAAAUCUCAUUAUUUCCAGUAUCUGGUGUCUUUUAAUUAACAUUACAUUUGAUUAGAUUUUAAGGCUCUCGUCAUAUAUCAAUCAUUAUAUUCAAUAAUCAAUCAAUCGACCAAAAUCUGUGAUAUAGUAUUUCAUGUUUGCUUUUUUUCUAUCCUGCUUAACUAAUUUCUAAUUGUUAUAAACUUAUCCUAAACUUAAAUCUACAAAUUCUGCAUAAUGUAUUGAAUAAUAUUGUAUUUAUUAAUAGGAUAAAAACAAAGAAAACAAAAACAAAAUGAAAAGAAGAAACAUUUUGGGCCAUCCCAAAAAAAAUCUCAAAAAACCUAAUGAAAAUAUAUAUGAAUAUUUUCCAAAAAUAUA